CUCAAGCUGGUACACACACCUUUGUGCACUACCUGUGCUGGGAGUGCCCUAGUGCACGUUUUGAACCCUAAUUCAAGAGUUUUGGAGCUCUGGAGCCUGAGAUGGCUCAAUGCAGCCUGCAGGUGCUGGAACCGGGGAGAGGCGGCCACUCUCCUCAGCCCUGCAUCAGCAGUGUAUAAUCCACUGAACCCCUGCCCUCCCCCCCUGGACCGGUGGGGGUAAUCUCGGUCCAUUCCUGGGGGGCAGCCUGGCUAUGUGGGAAACAUGAAAUGGUGCCGGAUAGACGACCUGCAGCCUCGGAGGCAAGUGUCAUGGUGGAUGCCACAUGCUCACCUAAGUGUAGUGCUGAACAGCCGGACCUUGCGGCCAGGCUGGACAGCAUAUUUGAUGCCUUCUGGAGAAGUCUGGCGCCCCAACAGCACUAUGCCACAACACCCAAACCAAGUGAACAUUCUCAAGGAAUGCCCGCACGCUCCUAUCGUGAGCACUCUGAUCCCCUUGCAAAGCAAGUCCGAAAAGGACAGAGAUGCCUCCCAUCUAAUUGUAAAACCCGCACCGAAAGCAAGUGGCAGCGGGGCUCCAUCAACAGAGACUGGAGACUCACCCUAAAUCCAGUUACCGGCAGCAGUUUACAACACACCCAGUGAGUCUGCACUCAACCCCACAUGGGAACUUAACACCACUACGGAGGAUUCAGUGUACCUCUUUGGAUCUUGCCUUCUACCUUCCACCAGGUGGACUUCAUGGCCUGGUACCAGGACUCUCUGUGCUUCCCCAACAGGGUGUAAGCUGACCUCUGAGCUAGCUCAUAUUAUCUUGGCACCCUCUGCAUGCUCACCGAGAAGAAAAUGAAAGUUCUGUUCUUUUUGAUUAAUUUUUCUCUUCUAGAAUAUAGGAUGCACACCUAAUGUACCUGGGGGACCACCUAAGGCAUUCUUUUCUUUACUUUAAGCACUCAUGGUGCAUAUAAUCCCCAUUAAUACUGUUAAGCUGUCUAUAAUGCCUAAUACGCACUAUAUAUUUGUCUUGUUUCUAUUAUCCAUGAAUAAAAAUGUGCUGAAUUUUACUAUACACCUGAUCUUGUUAAACUACACUAUUGAUGUUCCAAACCGUGGAUAUGGUGACAUGCUCUGUGUUUAUCAUGCACAACAAAUAUAAAGAAUUAUUAAAAAAAAAAAUCUCAUCAAUUAAGAAUAUCAGUCGCAAAAUUAAUGGCAACCAUUUUAGCGAGUAGCAUGUUGUUAAAUUUACAAACAACAUUGGAAACAAGCCCUAAGUAAACGAUAAUAUUCUACCUAUGAUAUAAAGAAAUAGUUAUGUAGGACUGGUUUUUAAAGUUAAUCUAAUAUUUUGG